GUUUUAUUUUUAUUUAAUUGUUCCAUCUCGUAAAAAAUAAUUAGCUAACUUUAGAAAACCUUCGACCCUCACCUAGUUUUAACAUUUUAACAAAAUAUGUAUUUUGGUGUUCUAAAUUGAACAAAUUAGUCGAAAUUUAAUAAAAUAUCGUUUUCUUAACACAAAAUAUUAAGUUCCUUUCGCAGUUUUAUCCAUUAAUAGUGCUUCCUAUCACUUUUAAGAUGAAUAUAUUACAAAAAUACUUCAAUAUUAUGCAAGUUAUACUAAGUAAUAAGAUCGUCGCAUAGUCUAUAACCAAAUAAGUCCCUUUGCCGUAUUUUCUCUUUUUACUUUCUUUUUAUUCCUUUUAUUUUACAUUUUGUCGUAUAUUCGCGCACAUGUGUACGUACUUAGCCGCCUUCUCAACUCAAUCUUUCCAAACGUGAAACAUUUUCAUUUUACUUUUGUGUGCAAGUAUACACUUUUUUUUACGUUUUUGAAAGCGACUCAAAGACCCAAAAAAAAGGGGAAAAAACUUACGAAAAAAAUUAUUCAUGUAUGUAUGAAUAACGUAUUGUUGACAUAUUGAGAGAUUGUGGCAAUUUAGACCAGACGACACCAUUUAAAAAGCCAUUAGGGCUCACGCCGCCGCCUCAUAAUUGUCGGCGCAACGGAAUCCCGCAUUAGUAGUUGGCCCGUAGUCCGUAGCCAAGUUAACCGUCUUCCAAAUGACUCGGCUCAAGUUGAAACUUUUCGUGCUCAGUUUUUUGGUCGAAAGCUGUAUCUGUCCUCAAGUCGUUAAGUUGGAUCGGUUCACAUUCGAUCCCGACGAUCCUAGCUUGUUUGUGUCCGAGAGUGCUAUUCUCGAUCAGGACUUCAACCGGAGCUACAUAUCGGGGCAUGUGGUGCUGACUCGGGAACUGAAUGACCUUAUGAUUACAUCCUCAAUGGACAUCAUCAGGUCCCAUCGCCCGGAAAUGCGACUGUACAAGGUUACUUUGAAUUUCUGCUCCAUCCUAAACAACGCCUACAAGAAUAAGUUCGUCAAGACACUCUAUCAUAGCUUUGCGGCAUUUCUGAACACCAGACCCAAGUGCCCUCUUAAGGCGAACUUCAACUAUUCGUUUGAACGUGCCUACGUUGAUGAGAGGCUUAUCCCCAGUCUUAUACCGGACUGCACUUAUCGGUUGAAGAUGAGUUUUCAACUAAAAUCCAAGCAAUUGGCUCACAUGCAACUAGACGGGCGAUACAUGUCCAAAAGCGGACCUUAAUGAUAUGACAUUACUUGUAUAAGAAAAUAA